AUGGAAACCUAUGAUGAGUCUGUUGAUGCUGAUUCCAUUCAUUCAUCUGAACGUGAUUCAUGGGACGAUGAGUUGGACGAUGAUGGUAGUUAUUCGGUAUCUAGUGCGGAUAAAAGUUCAACGGAUGGCAACAAUGAUGCAGAUGAAGUUGGAGGUGAUAUUAAGGUAAGGUUUGAUACCGUAACUGCUGAAGAAAUUCGUUGUAUGGAAUUUGCUACUGUGAGUGAAGCUUAUGACUUUUAUUACCGUUAUGGUAAAUAUAAUGGUUUUGCUGUUAGGAAAAGUGAUAGUAGGGUAACAGGGAGUGGAGAUAAUAAAGUAAUAAAAAUGAAGCAGUUUGUAUGCAACAAACACGGUGUAAGAGAGAAGAGACACUUAGUUAGGACAGAUAGGAAAUUAGAACAUAGACGUUUGACUCGUACUCAGUGUGGAGCUAGGCUUCGUGUGAAUUACAAAGCUGAAAAGGAUAGAUAUGUUGUUACAGCUUUUGAAGAGACUCAUAACCAUGAAUUAACCCCAGCUAGGUUUGUGCACUUACACCCCGUAUAUCGUAAAAUUUCUGAGACAGAUAAGGCUCAGGUGGAUGGUCUUCAGAAACGUGGUAUUAGAACAUGCCAUAUAAUGGGGUACAUGGUUGCACAAAAGGGUGGAUAUGCAGGUGUUGGUUUUACAAAGAAAGAUUUGUACAACUAUUUUGAUAAAAAAAUGCGUGCUGUUAUUAAAGAUGGUGAUGUUGCCGCAUCUUUAAACUAUCUAAAUAUGAAGUCGUCUACUGAUCCCAUGCUUUAUGCUGAGUAUGCAAUAGACAAUAUUAAUGGAAGAAUGAAUACUCUUUUUUGGGCUGAUGGGAUUAGUAGGACCGACUAUUUUUGUUUUGGUGAUGUGCUUGCAUUUGACACGACUUACAGCAAGAACAAAUACAACUAUCCGUUGGUUAUAUUUUCAGGGUGUAACCAUCACUCUCAAACAGUAAUUUUUGGUGCUGCAUUGGUGUCAAAUGAAACGACAGAGACGUAUAAGUGGGUGUUGAGGUGUUUCCUAGAAUGCAUGGAAGGUAAACAACCAAAAGCGGUGGUAACAGAUGGAGAUGGGGCAAUGAGGGAGGCCAUAAAACAGAUAUUUCCCGAUGCUAACCAUAGGUUAUGCGCUUGGCAUUUGAAUAAGAAUGCAGGUGAGAAUGUGAAGAACGGGAAUAAUUUUUUGGACGGUUUUUCAAAGGCCAUGUACUCAAAUUUUACUAUAGAUGAAUUUGAAGAGUAUUGGUCACAUAUGAUUAAAGAAAAUGGAGUGCAAGGACAUCCAUGGGUAGUCAAAACGUACGAGAAUAGGUCAUUGUGGGCAACUGCAUAUCUACGUGAUAACUUUUUCGGACGGAUAAGAACUACGUCGCAAUGUGAAGCUGUUAAUGCAAUUAUUAAGAGUUAUGUAAGGAAGAAAGGAUGCAUUUUUGAAUUUAUGAAUAACUUUGAUCAGGCUCUGAGAGAUUACAGAAAUAACGAAUUGGUUGCUGAUUUUAAAUCAUCGUCUACAGAUCCUGUAUUGUCGACGCAGCUGCCUGUGAUUGAGAGUCAUGCCGGUAAAAUAUAUACAGCGGCGGUUUUCAAAGAAGUUAGACAUGAAAUUUUGAAGGCCGGUGAAUUGAUAGUUAGGGAUAAAAGUGAAGUGGGGGGUACUAAGAUUUAUAUAUUGACAAGAUUUUGUAAGGAUGAUUAUGAAAGAAGUGUUUUUUAUGAUGGUUCUACAUUUAAGUGUUCGUGUAAGAGGUUUGAGUCCCGCGGCAUCCCGUGUUCACAUAUUUUUUAUGUAAUGAAGGAAGAACACGUUGAUCGUAUUCCAGACAAUUUGGUUUUGUCGCGAUGGACCAAGGAUGCAAAAAUUCAGUAUUUGAACAUCAGCAAUUGUAAUGAUAAUGUUGAUUCGAAUACGAUUGCGGAAGCUCGUUUUGGUUCAUAUUGUACGGUUUUAACAGAUUUUUGCAGAGAAGCUUCAAAAAAGGAUGGUGUUUACGCGCAAAUAAUGGAAGACCUUAUGCAGCUGAAAAUAAAGUACUGCAGUAAUGAUGAUGCAGCAGUUGGUACACAAAAGUCAGCAGUAGGUGAUCUAGUUAUGGGUACACAACAAACGUCAGAACAAGCUCCAGAACCAAAUGUUGACAUGUACUCGAUAUCGAUUUCAGAUUCUGUAAGCCAAAUUGCUGAGAAAAAGAAAAGGAAAGCAAGUUGCAAUGGUCAAAAAAGUGUGCAAAACAAAUCUCUGUAUGAUCCGACAAGAUACCGCGGCGCUAAUGUGAUGACAACUACACAAGUGGAAGUUCCAACCACAAGCAUAAGUAUGAAUCAACAAAUGUUUCCAAUGCAGUCUAUGAUGCCUAUGAUACAUCCGAUGAUGCAGCAAAUGCACAUGCAACCCAUGUACCCAAUAUAUGGAAUGCAAUCUGGAAUGCAAACUGGUUUGCUACAGCAAGUUAUAAGAUCUUCUAAGAAUAAUUGA